GCCAGUGCUCCUGUGGCAGUGUCACCUCAGGUGCCUGGUCCUUGUGGAGCCAAGGCUGUAGUGCCCUGUGACAGUAUCCACACAUCCGUGUGUACUCUUGAGAGCUCCCACUGCUCGCUCCCAUGAGGAAUUAGGGAUGUUUCAUGCUACCCCAUCACCUAUAGCGUGGCUGGCUCCUGUUCUUGGAUGCAGGCAGGCUUGCCCCCACAUCCUCGUGUCCUGCUGGACCCACAGAACUGGACUGGUCCCAGUAACAGCCUUGUUCUGGUCUGUCUGCUGAGAUACUUGACGACUAUUUGUUUUAGACCUCAUCUGCCAAGCAAGGAAGUGAAUAAUCAAUAGGAGUCCAAAACUGUGUUUGAGAGCAGUUAUAUCUGGGAUGUAGGUUAAUUUUGGUGCUCAAAGGAACGGAAAUGUUUGAUGCAUGCAGCCAUGGAUCUAUGGCAAAUUUAGGUUUAUGUGUUUCAGAGUGUCCCUCAUGGAAAUCCAGGGCUAUGCUCAGGCUAGCACCACCUCUAGUAUGUCAGUGCUGCACCGAAUGCGAGAGCUGCUGUCACAGAGCUGAGCUUAUUCCAGAAGUUUUCGUCUUCCCCAUUCCAGCCUGUAACUAUAGCUGCAUUCCUGUCCUUGUUGUUUGCAAUGGGAAAAUUACAGAGAUUUAAAGGAAAGCGUAGUACUGUCCAGUAUGUACUACUUGGCUGUGUAAAUGUAUGCAUUUAAGAAUCUGAAUUACUUGAUUUUUGGUGUUUUAACAGGUUAAAACGACAAUCAGUAUUAUGGAGGAGGCCUUAGAGUUGUUCCAGGAACAAGCUGUCACUAAACCUUCUCCAGGUGAAGCUGAACUUCAGGAAUUAGUGCAUCAAAUUGACAUCAUGGUAAACAGAAAGCAACUGGAAUGGGAAAGAAAGAUGAGAGCUUUAGAAGCGAAGAUGGAUAUCCAGGAUCAAGAAUUAGCAAGUGCCCAAAGCAAACUGGAUCGAAAAGGUCAAGAGGUGGGACUACUUCAACAAAAAUUGGAAGACUUACAGAAAACUAAAUAUGAAAUGGCUCAGAGCUAUGAAACUCAGCUUCAAGCACUGAAAUCUCAAUUUACAAAGUUGACACAUAGUUAUGAAAAGCUACAGUCACAUCAAUUAAAACACAAAAAGGUCAACAGUAGAGAAGAAUGUGAGGAAAGCCUAGUGACAUCGUCUGACCCACGAAAUUUAUACAAGAAACUGGAGAAGCAGACCCAGAAUUAUCAAUUCCAAAUACACAAUAAGAAAAAAAAUCAAGACGAGGUAAUAACCUAUGCCCAGCCUGAAAGUGAAAAGGAUGAUUUGAUUAUUGAAAAACUAAAGGCAACUGUGAAUGAAAUAGCAAGGAACAAGAAUAAACUCGAAGAGGAAAAUCUGAAGCUCCGUGAAGAUCUAAAAGUGUACCAAAACCAGUGCCAGAAUAUGGAGGCAGACUUUUCAGAAAUGAGACAUGAGCUGCAGUCACGGGAUGGUCUCUGGAGAAGGAUGCAGCUGGAAUGCCAGCAGUUGCAUACAGAAUUAUUGAAAAUCAAAGAGUACAAAGAUACGCAGGAAAUUCAAAUAAAGCAUCAAUCAUCUGGUGUUCAACUUACUGAGCAACUAGAAAAUAAAAACACUGAGUUAUUACUAUUUGCAGAAAGUCAAGAACGCCAACGAGAAGAGCUAAACAAGAUAAGAAACCACAUUUAUCGAGAGGAGCAGUCCCAUUGCUCUGAGCAGGAAAGAAUGAAGACAGAAAUCUCUGACCUGACAGAGGAGCUUCAUCAGAAGGAGAUCACUAUAGCAACUAUCAUGGAGAAAGCUACUCUUCUGGAGAGACAGUUAAAAAUGGAGUUAGAGACAAAAGAUAAAUUGUUAGCAAAACAACAGUUAUUGGAAUUCCAAUACCAAGUUAUCAAAUCUGAAAACACACAUCUAAAAGAGAUGGUGGAAAACCAGGAGCAUGAAAGUUGCAUGAAUAUAGAUUUAUGUAACAAAGAACAUGGAAAUUUCACAGCUUCUGUUCACAAAAUGAAACAUGAGAAUUUAAGACUAGAAAAUAGUGUUGCUAAACUACAAAAUGACAGAGGAAUAUCAAUACUGGGUUGCACAGAUACGUAUGGAGAAACAGAGCACAGCUACCAAAUCCAUUCAAAGAUGCAAGAAAAGGAAGAGAGAUCAUUCCAAAAUAAAGAUGCAGGGGAAAUGGAAUGUCAACAGACUGAUAUGCUUACUGCCAGUGGAUACCACAGAAACCGCAGUCCUGCUUUAUAUGGCCAAGGCAAUAUCACUGGGUCAAAAAGUGAUAGCAUUGUAUCUUCUCAUCCACUUCACAGAGGUCAUGAAAAGAAAAUAGUUUAUAAAUCUCCAUCACCACUAGUGGGGUAUCCUUUGGGCUUUGGUGGGCCAUAUCCUAAAAUGGGCAGAACAGGCAGUUUACUGAGCCCUGCUUACAGUGGAGAAGAAAUGAAAUUAUCAGAAGAAAUCAAAUUAUCAUCUCCCCAUGAGAUGUCCUUCCUUGCAACAACAGAAAAGUUCCUUCAAGAGGAAGAUAAACAUGCAAGAGAGUUUGAAGAACGUUUAAAUUUGCACCUUGAAGAGCUGCAAAGAUAUUCUGAAAAUAUUCUAAAAAAACAUGCCAGGAUACAGCAAAGCAGACAUACUUAAGCCAGUCACACAAUUAAGAAAAGAAAACCAAGUAAUGACCCAUGAGUUUCUUAAAACUAAAAUCUGCAACUAGUUGCUUAAUGCAUUUAGGCACAUUGCCAAUAGCAUUUAUUUUUAGUACCAUGUUUUCAAUAAGAUCAUCAUUAUCCUAUGGAUUUAAGUACGUUGUAACUUGACUAUAUUAGAAAAUAAACUCUAAACAUAUUCUAAAAUAUA